AUGUCUACUACUACUACCCCCAUCAUGUCUGCAAAGAGCAAUAAAACCGCCAAACUUCCUGCCAAGCCUCGUGCCAAGCGCACCCCGGCUGCCAAGCCUCCAGCCAAGCGCACACGGGCUACCAAAGCUUCCAAAACCGCCGAGAGUUCUAAAACCGCAGAACUUUCUGCCAAGUCUUCCGAAACCGCCAAGCCUACCGAAAUCGCCGAGCCGGUUCCCAAGCCUUCUGAUUCUGGCACCCCUACCGCCACCGCCAAGCCUAUCGCUAAGCCUCCCGCCAAGCGCACCCGAGCUGCCAAGGCUUCUAAGAGCGUCGAGAGUACUAAAACCGCCGAGCUUCCUGCCGAACCAGCUGCCAAGCAAGCCGAUACCGUCGAGCCAGCUGCCGAGCCUUCUGCUUCUGGUACCCCUGCUGCCAAGCCUUCCGAUACCGCCGAGUCGAUUACCAAGCCUUCCGAUUCAGGCACCCUUGCUGCCAAGCUAUCACGGGGACUAUAG